GUUUAAAAACAGCGAAGGACUUUCUUUCAAGGAAUUUCAAAGUACUUCGGCGCUGAAAUCCCAGUUUGGUGGUGGACCUGCACAGGGAAAAAAGGAAGCAGAUAGUUUGUCAAUUUCAGCUGUUCCCAACUCUGGGCUCUUUGCACGGUAACCUGUGGUGUGUGAGUUUCACACCCGCGAUCCCGGAAGUGGAGAGAUUAAAAAGGGGGAGGUGACAGUAUGAGUACGCAUGUGCAAAGGAGAGAGUCGGAGCUGCAGCGCCAGCCUCAGCCUCCGGAGGACAAAGACGCCGAAAUGCCGGUGACCGAGAAGGACCUGGCCGAGGACGCGCCAUGGAAAAAGAUACAGCAGAACACCUUCACCCGUUGGUGCAACGAGCACCUGAAGUGCGUGAACAAGCGCAUCCACAACCUACAGAGCGACUUGGCGGACGGGCUGCGGCUCAUCGCCUUGCUCGAGGUCCUGAGCCAAAAGAAAAUGUAUCGCAAGUAUCACCAGCGACCCACCUUCAGGCAAAUGCAGCUGGAGAACGUGUCCGUCGCGCUCGAGUUCCUCGAAAAGGAGAACAUCAAACUAGUGUCUAUCGACAGCAAAGCAAUUGUGGAUGGGAAUCUGAAACUCAUUCUCGGACUGAUAUGGACUUUGAUUCUCCAUUACUCCAUUUCUAUGCCAGUUUGGGAUGACGAAGGAGCGGAUGAUGCAAAGAAUCAGACACCCAAACAAAGACUACUGGGAUGGAUUCAGAAUAAGCUACCUGAUUUGCCAAUCACCAACUUCAGCAAUGACUGGAAAGAUGGCAAAGCCCUGGGCGCCCUUGUCGAUAGCUGUGCCCCAGGUUUGUGCCCAGACUGGGAAAUUUGGGACACUAAUAAACCAGUGGAAAAUGCACGUGAAGCUAUGCAACAAGCAGAUGACUGGCUUGGAGUACCACAGGUCAUUGCUCCAGAAGAAAUCAUAGACCGAGAUGUAGAUGAGCAGUCUGUAAUGACCUAUCUGUCACAGUUCCCCAAGGCUAAACUGAAGCCUGGAGCCCCCUUAAAACCCAAGCUGAAUCCCAAGAAAGCGAGGGCAUAUGGUCCAGGAAUUGAAGCUGUGGGUAACGUAGUGAUGCGUCCUGCUGUGUUCACUGUUGAAACCAUCAGUGCUGGGCAGGGUGAAGUGAUGGUCUUUGUGGAUGAUCCAGAAGGUCAACGAGAAGAGGCAAAGGUGACCAACAACAAUGACAAGAACAAGACCUACUCUGUUGUUUAUGUGCCAAAGGUUGCAGGCCCUCAUAAGAUUACAGUACUAUUUGCUGGGCAGCACAUAUCUAAAAGUCCUUUUGAAGUCAACAUUGAUAAGGCCCAUGGUGAUGCCAGUAAGGUAACAGCACGAGGACCUGGCUUGGAAUCUUCAGGAAAUAUUGCCAAUAAGCCCACCUACUUUGAUAUUUACACAGCAGGUGCUGGAGUUGGCAAUGUUGAGGUGGUAAUUGUGGAUCCCCAAGGUCAUAACACCGAGGUGACAAUUGAAGAUAAGGGGAAUAAUACCUACCGGUGUAGUUACAGGCCCUUACACCCAGGGCAUCAUACAAUCCGAAUCGUCUUUGCUGAUUCACCUAUACCCAAGAGUCCAUAUUCUGUCAAUAUCGGUGAAGCUUGUAACCCUGGUGCCUGUCGUGCUACUGGGCGAGGACUGCAACCAAAAGGACUGCGAAUUCGCCAAGUUGCUGACUUCAAAGUCUUCACGAAAGGAGCUGGAAGUGGUGACUUGAAAGUAGUGGUGAAAGGCCCAAAAGGCGUGGAGCAUCCUGUGAAGCAAAAGGACUUUCUGGAUGGAGACGAUGUCUUUUCUUAUGAAUACUAUCCUGUUACACCUGGAAAACACAUUGUUACUAUCACUUGGGGUGGCCAUAACAUUCCUAGGAGUCCAUUUGAAAUUGAUAUUGGUCCUGAAGCGGGUCCUCAGAAGAUCAGAGCCUGGGGGCCAGGUCUUGAUGGAGGAAUUGUUGGCAAGUCAGCAGAUUUUGUAGUGGAGACCAUUGGAACAGAAGUUGGUGUUUUGGGUUUUGCUGUCGAAGGACCUUCUCAAGCCAAGAUUGAAUGCGAUGAUAAGAGUGAUGGCUCCUGUGAUGUACGUUACUGGCCUACAGAACCUGGUGAAUACGCUGUCCAUGUUAUGUGUGACGACCAGGACAUUGUGGAUAGUCCUUUCAUGGCCAAUAUCCAGCCGGUGUCAAAAGCCUUCAAUCCUGAUAAGGUUAAAGCCUAUGGUCCAGGGUUGGAGAAAUCUGGCUGCAUUGUUUAUAAACCAGCAGAAUUCACAGUAGAUGCCAAAGAUGCUGGGAAGGCUCCACUGAAAAUAUAUGCACAAGAUUCAGAGGGUAUUCCUGUCAACGUUCAAAUAAAGAAUAAAGGUGAUGGAACAUCAGUCUGCUCUUACACUCCUACCAAACCAAUCAAACACACAAUUGCAAUUGCUUGGGGAGGAGUCAAUAUUCCUAACAGCCCGUUCAGAGUUAACAUUGGCCAAGGGAGUCAUCCGCAAAAGGUGAAAGUGUUUGGUCCUGGUGUUGAAAGAACUGGCUUGAAAGCUAAUGAGCCAACUCACUUUACUGUAGAUUGUUCUGAAGCUGGGGAAGGUGAUGUCAGUGUUGGUAUAAAGUGUGACGCUCGAGUAGUCAGUGACACUGAGGAGGAUAUUGAAUUUGAUAUAAUUACAAACCCCAAUGAUACCUUCACAGUGAAGUAUACUCCACCAGCAGCUGGACGUUACACCAUUAAAGUACUGUUUGCUGGCCAGGAAAUACCCAUUGGCUCCUUUAGAGUUAAAGUGGACCCAUCUCACGAUGCCAGCAGAGUUAAGGCUGAAGGCCCAGGAUUAAGUAAAACAGCAUUCUUUCCAAUGGCAGGAGUGGAACUUGGAAAGCCAACUCAUUUCACGGUGUUUACAAAGGGUGCUGGGAAGGCCCCGAUAAACGCCCAUUUCAGCGGACCUUCGAAAGGAGAUGCCGUUAGUGACUUUGAAAUAAUUGACAAUUAUGACUACUCUCAAACAGUCAAGUACACACCUGUACAGCAGGGUAACAUGAACAUUGCUGUGACCUAUGGUGGCGAUCCAAUUCCCAAGAGCCCCUUCAACAUCGAAGUGGCGUAUCCACUUGACAUGAGUAAAGUGUUGGUCAACGGCCUUGAAAACAGAGUGGAAGUUGGCAAAGAUCAGCAGUUCCUCGUUAAUACUAAAGGAGCUGGCGGGCAGGGUAAAGUGGAUGUGAAGAUCUCCAGCCCAUCACGGAAACCUGUGACUUGUGUUGUGGAGCCUGCUGCCAGUAAAGAUGCAUGCGUUGCUAAGUACAUCCCCAGGGAAGAGGGGCCACAUACAGUGGAUGUGAUGUAUGAUGGAAAUCCAAUUCUGGGUAGUCCAUUCACUGUGGAAGCUGCACUGCCCCCAGAUCCUUCCAAGGUGAAAGCAUUUGGGCCAGGCCUCAAAGGUGGCCUUGUGGGCAAAUCUGCUGAUUUCACCAUUGACACCAAAGUAGCUGGUACUGGUGGUUUGGGUCUCACCGUGGAAGGCCCAUGCGAAGCCAAGAUUGAGUGCUCAGAUAACGGCGAUGGAACCUGCUCAGUUUCCUACUUACCAAGUGAAGCUGGAGAGUACCUUGUCAACAUUUUGUUUGAAGAAGUUCACAUCCCGGGUUCUCCAUUCAAGGCAGACGUGACGUUACCUUUUGAUCCCACCCAAGUUACAGCCUCUGGUCCUGGCUUGGAACGUGGCAAAGUUGGGGAGGCGGGGCUAAUCAACGUUGACUGUUCGAAGGCUGGUCCAGGAGAGCUGACAAUGGAGCUGGUGUCAGAUACAGGGCAUAAAGCUGAAAGCCGUAUUCAAGACAACAGUGAUGGCACUCAUACAGUUAGUUACAUACCCCUUCAGCAUGGUCUACAUACAAUAACACUGAAAUAUGGUGGAAAGGCUGUGCCGAACUUCCCUGCACGGCUGCAUGUAGACCCAGCAAUAGACACUAGUGGUGUGAAGGUAUAUGGACCUGGAGUUGAGAAACGAGGAGUGUUUUGUGACGCCACAACAGACUUUACAGUGGAUGCUAGUUCAUUGACUAAGAUUGGAGGAAACCAUAUCAAAACAAACAUUACAAAUCCUUCAGGAGCCCGAACGGAUUGUCUAAUUAAGGAUAAUGGCAAUGGGACAUAUGCAGUGGAAUAUACUCCAUAUGAAAAGGGGAUGCAUUCUAUUGAUGUAACCUAUGACGAUGCACCAGUUGUUAAUAGCCCAUUCAUGGUAGGAGUCACAGAAGGAUGUGAUGCUUCACGUGUAUCUGCAGCUGGACCUGGGCUUCAGGAAGGCUUUACCAACAAGGCCAAUAAAUUCUCUGUGUUAACAAGAGGGGCAGGUAUCGGUGGUCUUGGAAUUACUGUUGAAGGACCUUCAGAAGCAAAGAUGUCUUGUAAGGAUAACAAGGAUGGCAGCUGCAGUGUUGAAUACAUCCCCUACACUCCUGGAGAUUAUGAUUUAAAUAUUACCUAUGGAGGACAUCACAUUCCUGGCAGCCCGUUCAAGGUACCAGUGAAGGAUGUUGUGAAUCCCAGCAAGGUACAAUGCAGUGGACCUGGUCUAAGUUCAGGAGUACGAGCCAAAGUUCCCCAACAGUUCACUGUGGACUGUAGCAAGGCUGGAAAGGCUCCUCUUCAAGUAGCUGUGUUAGGACCUAAAGUUUAUGAGAGACAGCACCAACCAUGGCACAGUCCUUUGAAAGUGAUUGCAGACUUCUUUAAAGGAGAGACCAAGGGCGAUGUCAGUGAGCCAGGCAUAAUCGAGCCCGUUGAGGUAAUUGACAAUGGUGAUGGAACUCACACCGUCAGCUACACCCCCUCAGUUGAAGGGCUAUAUUCUGUUUCUGUCCAAUAUGGUGACGAGAACAUUCCUCGCAGUCCUUUUAGGGUUAAGGUUCUGCCAACUCAUGAUGCCAGCAAAGUGAGAGCAAGUGGGCCCGGCCUCAAUUCUUCUGGUGUUCAAGCUAGUCUACCUGUGGAGUUUACUAUUGAUGCCAAAGAUGCUGGAGAAGGGCUCCUUUCUGUGCACGUGACUGAUCAUGAAGGAAAGCCAAAGAAAGCCAAUAUCUAUAACAAUAACGAUGGCACCUACAGGGUUUCCUAUAUACCAGAUAAAACAGGGCGUUAUACCAUUGUCAUUAAAUAUGGUGGUGAUGAGAUUCCAGCAUCUCCUUAUCGGAUCCGUGCUGCAGCUGUUGGUGAUGCCAGCAAGUGUACGAUGUCUGGUUCUGGCCUUGGACCAACUGUUCAGUUGGGAGAAGAACUGGGAGUGAAGGUCGAUGCGAAAGCUGCGGGAAAAGGCAAAGUCACCUGCACAAUCUGUGCCCCUGAUGGUACUGAAGUGGAAGCUGAUGUUAUUGAAAAUGAUGAUGGAACCUACAAUAUCUACUACACUGCACCUGAAGCUGGAACAUACGUUGUUUAUGUGCGCUUUGGAGGAGUAGAUGUUGCCAACAGCCCAUUCCAUGUUGUGGCCACAGAUGAAGGUCCAAUAGUGCCACAGCAGCUGGUACAACAGCAGCAGCAAUCACUAAAUGCUUAUCCCCCUGGCUUCCAACCCUGGGUGCACGAUGGCGCUUAUGUGGGAGCUGAUGAAAUAGAUCGCUUGGGCUUGAGACCUUUUGACAUUGUUAUUCCCUUUGCUCUUAGGACUGGAGAGAUCACAGGUGAAGUUCGCAUGCCUUCAAACAAAACUGCUAAACCAGAAAUAAUUGAUAAUCAUGAUGGUACAGUAACAGUCAAAUAUGCUCCAACUGAAGCUGGACUGCAUGAAAUGCACAUAAAAUAUAAUGGAAAUCAUAUUCCAGAGAGUCCACUUCAGUUCUUUGUUAACUAUGGAGGCAGUGGACAGGUGUCCGCCUAUGGCCCGGGACUAGUCUAUGGUGUUGCCAACAAGCUGGCCACUUUCACAAUUAUAACAGAAGAUGCUGGAGAGGGUGGUCUGGACUUGGCUAUCGAAGGACCUUCCAAGGCAGAAAUCAGCUGUAUAGAUAAUAAGGAUGGGACAUGUUCAGUAUCCUACCUUCCAACCCUGCCGGGCGACUACAGUAUCAUUGUCAAAUAUAAUGAGAAACACAUCCCUGGAAGUCCUUUCACUGCCAAAAUCACAGAGGACAGCAGGCAAAAGUCACAAGUCAAGGUUGGCUCGGCUGCUGACAUAUCCUUGGAUAUCAAUGAAAGUGAUCUCAGCCUGCUGGUCGUCAAUAUUAAAUCUCCAUGUGGCCAAGAUGAGCCAUGCCUGCUAAAGAGAUUACCAAAUAACCAUAUUGGUAUCUCCUUCAUCCCACGAGAAGUUGGUAAACACCUUGUAAGCAUAAAGAAAAAUGGGAGGCAUGUGGAAAAUAGUCCAAUUGCCAUUAUGGUGGGUCAGUCUGAAAUUGGAGAUGCCAGCAGAGUCCGGGUCUCUGGAGAAGGAUUGAAGGCAGGACGUACAUUUGAAACGUCUGACUUCAUUGUGGACACUAGAGAUGCAGGUUAUGGUGGGCUUGCAUUAUCUAUUGAAGGCCCAAGUAAGGUGGAUAUUAACACGGAGGAGACAGAGGAAGGUACCUGCAAAGUUUUGUAUUGUCCGACUGAGCCUGGCACUUACAUUAUUUACAUCAAAUUUGCUGAACAGCACGUACCAGGGAGUCCAUUCACAGUUAAGGUAACAGGUGAAGGCAGGGUGAGAGAGAGCAUCACUCGCAGGCGACGGGCUGCAUCUGAGGCAACAGUCGGAAGCAUCUGUGAUUUGAAUCUGAAGAUUCCUGAAAUUGAUGUCCACGACAUGUCUGCCCAAGUGACCAGUCCCUCUGGAAAGAUUAACGAAGCAGAGAUCACGGAAAGUAGCAACCACAUCUACUGUGUCAGAUUUGUGCCCCAAGAGAUGGGCGUGCACACGGUCAGUGUAAAAUAUCGAAAUCGGCAUGUCCCUGGCAGUCCUUUCCAAUUCACGGUGGGACCACUUGGUGAAGGAGGAGCUCGAAAAGUGCGAGCUGGUGGCCCGGGGCUUGAACGAGGCAUAGUAGGAGUCCCAGCUGAAUUCAGUAUCUGGACACGUGAAGCUGGUGCAGGUGGACUGUCCAUAGCUGUGGAAGGACCCAGCAGAGCAGAGAUAUCAUUUGAAGACAGAAAGGAUGGAUCUUGUGGUGUGUCGUACACUACACAGGAGCCUGGUGACUAUGAAGUGUCCAUCAAGUUCAACGAUGAGUACAUCCCUGACAGCCCCUUUAUUGUCCCCAUCGCUGCUUCGUCAGAAGAUGCAAGCAGACUUACUGUUACUAGUCUUCAGGAGUCAGGUUUAAAAGUUAAUCAACCCGUGUCGUUUGCUGUGCGGCUGAAUGGUGCUAAGGGUUUGAUUGAUGCCAAAGUCCAUAGUCCAUCUGGGGCAGUGGAGGAUACGCAUGUCUCGCAGAUAGAGCCAGACAAGUAUGCUAUUCGAUUCCUCCCUCACGAGAAUGGUGUUCAUUCUAUUGACGUCAAAUUCAAUGGGAAGCACAUCACAGGCAGUCCAUUCAAGGUUCGAGUUGGUGAACCUGGGCAGGCAGGAGAUCCGGGUCUAGUUACAGCUUAUGGAUCAGGUCUUGAACGAGGAAGCACCGGUGUCCAGUCUGAAUUUAUUGUUAAAACUGCCAAUGCCAGCCCAGGCUCACUUACAGUCGCGAUCGAUGGGCCAUCAAAGGUGAAAAUGGAAUGUCAAGAGUGCCCUGAAGGAUAUAAGGUCCUAUAUACGCCAAUGGCACCAGGGGACUACCAAAUUGGAAUUAAAUAUGGUGGACCGUACCAUAUUGUGGGUAGUCCUUUCAAGGCAAAAGUAACAGGUCCUCGGCUAGUAAGUGGUGGCAGUCCACAUGAAAGCUCCUCCAUUAUACUAGAAUCUGUGACGAAAUCAACAACCGUCAACUCGUACAGCAGUCUUCCCAGGUUUUCCUCUGACAGCAGCAAGGUGGUCUCCAGUGGGUCAGGUCUCACCACUGCAACUGUCGGCCAGAAGAGCUGCUUUUCAGUGGAUUGCAGCAGAGCAGGCUCAAAUAUACUUCUGGUUGGUGUGCAUGGACCCACUAUUCCAUGUGAAGAGGUAUCUGUGAAGCACAUUGGAAGUGAGCAAUAUAAUGUUGCCUACAUGGUGAAGGAGAAGGGGAACUAUACACUGGUUGUGAAAUGGGGCGAUGAGCAUAUUCCAGGAAGCCCAUUCCAUAUCACAGUUCCUUAGGCUUGCUCUCCAACUUGGCUGCUUCAAAUGAGAUGCUUCAAUUCAGUAAAAGCUUUCAGAGGACAUUUGCAAUUGCAUGACAACUUCAGCUGCAAAAUGGACAUCUCUUUUUCAAAUGCUGUUGAACCAGCAAUGUCAAAGAAUGGAUUGGGUGAUGGCUCGAAUGUCAUAGUUAUAUGUAGAAACUGAAGAUUGUAUGAAUUAUAUAUAAAUAAGAACUUAAACAGACGAUUGUAAAACUGGAUUAUUAUAACAGGAUUUUUGCCUUCAGUAGCUUGGCUGAAGUCAUAGUUGCUUGGGUUUAGGUGGGCUUAAGCACUAUCAUAAAAUAAGAAACUCCCAUUCUCAAUGCCUUAUUUCUUGUAGAGGAUAGAUUCUAAUACAUUCACUCAAUAUAAUGACACUGGAACCAGAUAUGCUACUGGUCCAAUGGUUUGGUGGGUGGCGGUGUGGGAGAAACUUUUCUGGUUAUGGGGAAGGAGGCAUUCUUUUAAUUUUAAGAGGAAUAUGCAAACUGCUUAAAAGAUUUCUACAAUGCAUUGUCUAACCAGUGCAGAUGAACUCUGGCCUCUUUUUAAAAAAAAAUCAAUCUGCAUAUGUGUCCAUAUAUAAAUUCAGAGCUUAAGUAAUUUACUGGUGGGGAAAUACUUGCUGCUGUGUUCAUUCCAACCCAUGUUCUGUCUGUUGCAUGUUUUAUGCAUGCUUUGUAAUUUGAGUGGAGGACAGAGUGGAAUAAGAAUGCAGAGAAGACAAUAGUUUAGAGCACAUUACAUCUGGUCCUACCUCUGUUAAAGCCAGUGCUGCUUUGAUGAUGGAUAAAUUGAAGAUAACAAGCAAAGUUGACUACCUUCCUAAUUUUUCCAGUUUUUCUGUGUCUCGCUGAUCAGAGUGUUUCCAUUUUAAAUCUAUUUGGGUUUGUUAUUUCAGUGAAAAUUAACUUUGUGCUUGAGGUUCAAUGUUGUUUACCUAAUUCUCGUGCAUAUUUGAGUAAAACCGGAUAAUUAAUUGUACAAUUGAACAUUUUUGUAUUAUCUGUGAUUAGAAGCUACUAAAUUGCACAACUGUCUUUUAAAACUGUACUUAGAAUCUAUUUAUACUCUGGCCAUAAUGAAUAUUGUUUUUUCCCUGUUGGAGCUAUCUUUGUAAUUGAAUAUUGUAUUCUGAGUAGGGAUGGUUGUCACUCUUGCAGUGCUUUGUGCCUUAAUGUGAAAAGCUUAAUGUAACUAGCAACUGACAAACUUCAAUAAAGGCGUAAUUUUCAA